AUGCUAGGGGAGCUUAUCCUUAUCACAGGCGUUACAGGUCACAUCGGCUUCGCUGUUCUUAUACACGCGCUGAAGGCUGGUAACAACGUACGAUGCGCCGUUCGUUCGCAGGCCAAGGCCGACGUUAUACGAUUUCAUCCCCGAAUUUAUGACCUCAAACUCCCUCGCUCGAGACUUACAUUCAGCAUUGUACCGGAUAUAACGGUAGAUGGUGCGUACAAUGACGCUAUGCACAACGCCUCAGCCGUCAUUCAUAUCGCCUCACCGGCUCCCACCGCCAAUCCUAUACCCUACGAGCUACAUCAGAGCCAUUUUAUCCAGCCUGCGGUUUAUGGAACACUCAACAUACUUAGAGCUGCUAAGCGUACGAGCACCGUCCGACGUAUCAUAUUCACUAGUUCUGUUGUUGCCCUUGUUACACUGGACCAGCUCGAAGGUCGUGAGCGUCGCGAAACACCCGUUCGACCCGACGAGAGAAACAACCACAUAUCGAGCUCUUCUACUAGCAUGUUCGCCGCUUAUGCCAGGUCCAAGGUUGCAGCUCUCUGGCACGCUGAAGUGUGGAUGGCGGCGGAGAGACCACAUUUUGAUGCCGUUUACUUACACCCUUCCUUCGUCAUCGGUCGUAACGAUAUCGCUAAAACAUGCACCGACGUAAUGAAAGGAUCCAAUGCUAUUGUGCUCGCUACGGUUUGCGGGAAGAAGUUUGGUUGUAGUUACCUUGGUGCAGCGGUCCAUAUCAAUGACGUUGCUCGUAUUCAUGUCCAAGCCCUUCUGCCCUCGAUUCCAGGCAACAGCAGUUACGUUCUCAGCACGAGAGUGCGCUGGAAUGAUGCGAAGUUGAUCGCUAAGAGGAACUUCAUCGAGGCCGUUGAAUGCGGGAUUGUCUCCAAGAGCGGUUCGGUCGGUACUGUCAACCUCGAUUUUGAUGCCUCCAUCACUGAGAAUGUAUUUGGGAUGAAAUUACUCAGCUUCGAAGACCAGGUCAUGAGUGCGUUGAGUCAAUAUAUCGAGAUGAGAAAGAUGCGGUCGGCAGUUUCUUCGCCAUCUUCAUCUUCUGCUGGUCUGACAACGGGUAUCGGCCAACACAUUCAACUGGACCAACCUAAAUGA